UCGUUGUCUACAUCGUACUUAGUGAGCCUGCGCGAACUGUCGCAUGUUGUUUUGUUUAUCGUCAACAGAGGGAUGGAUGAACGGUGAUUCAAUGUCGUGAAAUCUAAAACGUUCACUGCAUUGAUUUUUUCCAUAGUGAAGGGGAGAUAUUCAUGUAUAUGAAGUGUCGAAUAUAGCCGUCAUGUUACAGGAAAACAUUCCUUGUCUCAAAUGCCUCAUCAUAAUUUUGAACAUACCUGUCAUAGCCAUUGGAGCAGUUGCCAUAGGGCUGGGAAUAUGGGUCCUUGUGGAAGAACCCGAUGUCCUGGAACUGUCCAGUCUUCGGGAACUUACGGUCAUGGACCAGUCCUACCUGUUGACGAGUGUCUACCUGGUCAUCACUGCGGGGGCCGCAAUUCUGGUGUUUGGAAUAGUGGGAAUGGUCGCGACCAAUGCCCAGAGCGCUUGUUGUCUGGGCUUUUAUGCCGGUAUGCUGUCUCUGAUUCUGUGUGUGGAAGUGGCGGGAUGUACCCUAGGGGUGGUGUUCAAAUCAUCGUCUGAUCAGCAUUUAGACGAGGCUAUUUACAGAAACAUCAAAACCGAGUACGAUGGAUCGCCGGAAUCUCAGAAUUACUUCAGCAAACAUAUAAACGCGGUUCACGCCACGUUAUCAUGCUGUGGGUAUGGGAACGUGAGCGAUUAUCAGCAGUCCCUGACCUGGAAUCGGACAUUGGGGGACGGGAGCUCGGCACAGGUGCCCCUCUCCUGCUGUCUACCCCAGAGCAACUCCUCCAUUCAGUCUACGGGCGGCAAAAUGGACUGUAGAAAGACCCCGGAUGUAACGAACUCCUACACUGAUCCCUGUAUGCCAAAAGUGAGAGAACUGUUCCGGAAAUAUGAGAUUAUCGUCAUCGCUUGUACCGCCACUCUGGCCUUCUGUCAGCUGUUGAUGCUUGUUUUGGUGCUCAUAUUGAUGUGUUCGAUAGUUCAAGACGAGACACAGUAUGACUUCAAACAGAACAUGUACACGUAAAAGCGUUUAAACACGCCUCAUAACAUUGUUAUAUUUCACUAUAUGAUGUAUGUUUUGUGGAUUACAAUAACUUUUUUUUCAAUAUCAAUCCAGUAGUUAAAUAAAAAAAUAACUGUAAAAAGUGAUUUCUUAAACAAAUGACAAUGUCUAUCAAAUAAGGUACGUGCAAUUUUUAAAAAAUAAAAUUGGUGUUUUA